AUGGAUAUUGCCAUAAUCGCUGCAUUUUCAUUCAUUACCUUAUGCAUCGCCGUGUGGUUCCUGCCAGAACCCAACCUCUCCGGCAUCGCCGCCCUCAUCAUCGGUGUCGGUUGGAGCAUCACCUUCAUCUUGUGGGGGGUUAUCGCACUUCAACAAGAACAACUAGAUGAGCAACAGGGUACCAAGUUGACGGCGGGCAGGAUUGAGGAGUAUGCAGCUGAGUACCAAACUCUAGCUAGGCAGACGUUUGACCUGAACAAGGAAAUGCUUGUCUUGCAGAAGGAGAUGCUUUCCCAGAACAAGGAGAUGCUAGUUCUUCAGAAGCAGAUGUUUGACAUUCAGAAGGCAACGCAUGCCCAGAACAAGGAGAUGCUUGUCUCGCAGAAGGAGAUGCUUUCUCAGAACAAGGACAUGCUGGAAAAGAAUAAGGAGAUGCUAGGUCUUCAGAAGCAGAUGUUUGACAUUCAGAAGGCCACGUAUGCCCACAACAAGGAGAUGCUUACCCAAAACAAAGAGAUGGUUGCCCUACAGAGACGGUUGGUGCCGGCAACGGAGAUGGGUGCGACUAGAGGUACACAGGAGAGGAUUGCGACUAUACUGCAUAUACAGGCCGGGCAGAUGGACGUGGCGCUGAAGAAGAUGGGUGUGGAUGAUGCGAAGAGGCCCUGGGUGCCUCCUAGACGCUAG